CGAGAAACACGAGUAUUCGAUCUAAACCAGAUAGCCGAAGAUUUCUGUACACACAUGGUUGCGCAAUCUACAGAUCUGUUCAGAAUAGAGGAAAUUUCACUUGAACGCCUUGUGAGGAAGACGGUUAAUUCUGUAGAACCGGAAACUAGGGAAUCAGUAUUGAAGAUUAGCGUUACCGAUAACGUACAUCAAGCCAGCAACCACAGCUCAAGAAUAGUGUUCAAACUACAGGUUGAUUUUUGUUGAAGAGAAAAGUACAAGCUGCACGUGGUGGAAUGUCAGCUGUUUAUGUGAAACUGUUCUUGCUGAUUGCUGUUUCUGUACUGUGUACAGACUCAGCAGUGGUGUACAGUCCUGACGGCUUGGUUCGUGCGACAAACCCUUGGAGCCUAUGGGGGCGGGUUAACGCGCGCGACUCAUAUUGGGAUAGUUGGUAUCCGGUUUGUUUGAACAAUGACACAAUGGACUCUGUUCACCGACAGAAGAUGGCUUUAUGGUUAUGUAAUGACCGAUUGGGUUUGAACGCGUCCUGGGCGGAGUCUUCUGUGAAAACCAGUUUUUAUUCCUACUUGAGCUUUGCACUGACAUGCAAACCUGACAUAUCCAACUGUUCUUUCUCUGGCCCAACUCAUUGCAACCACAAACGCUACUGGGUAGUUUAUUGUAGCUUGCCCCAGACGGACGACCUCAGCGUGAAGCUGGCGCGCGGAAUUGAUGAAUGGAGGGGGCGACUAAUGCUGAAGAUGGGAGGGAAGUGGGGAGAAGUCUGUAAUUCGGGUUUAACAAACAAAAAUUUCGCCAAGGUUGUGUGCCGACAGCUAGGGUAUAAUGGGUCGUCUCCCUCUUCAAACACCCUUCCUGCCAGCAAAGCAGGUGAAGAUACAUUCACACUGACUGAUGUUAACUGCUCCGGCAAUGAGAGUCGUCUGAUCGACUGCGCACACUCGAUUCCCGGGCAAUACGAAUGCACCAACGACAUCUGGGUGGAAUGUGGCCAUGCGGAUGACUUCUCACUGCGUCUGGUGGAUCGUUUAACUCUUCCUACCUUUAAUGGACGUUUGCAGAUAAAACUAGGUGGAGAGUGGAAAAACAUGUGUGGGGAGAUGAACACGGCGGCCGUAAGAUUAGCCUGCCAAAAUCUCGGCUUUCAGACAGCAUAUGCGCGCCAACUACCCAGUGGACUGUUUCCAGUGAGCACUGAUGCCCACAUCUCAGGCAGCAUGUCGUGCAGAGGUACAGAACAGAGCUUAUCACAGUGCGCUUUUAACUCUGAUUUCUUUUCGUUGACAUCGUGUGCGAAAUCCAUCGGAAUUGUUUGCUCUGCAGAACCAGACUACCAACUUCGUCUGGUCAAUGGAGGUCCAAUGUCGGGUCGACUUGAGGUUAACAUUGGUGGCAUAUGGGGCACUGUUUGUGAUGACAGUUUUAACAUGGAUGCAGCUCGAGUCGUGUGUCGUCAGCUCGGAUUCCCCAGCCAAGCACCUUUAGUUGAGCCUCACAGAAAGUUUGGAUCUGGUUCCUCAAAUCAGGUUAUUUGGUUGGAUGAAGUAGUUUGCCAAGGAACAGAAACGUCGUUACAAUCUUGUCGUCACGAUCAGGAAGGAGACACGGACUGUCGACACGAUGAGGAUGUCGGUGUUACUUGUGGAAAUCUCGAUAGCACAGGUCUGCCGGUGCGGCUUGUGGGGGGCACUUCCGUGUACUCUGGACGGCUCGAGGUGUCUGUUAGCGGUCAGUGGGGAACUGUCUGUGACGACAGAUUUGACACCAACGCUGCAAAAGUCGUCUGUCGUCAACUAGGACUUCCCUAUCAAAGAGCCAGACCAAUCACUUCGUCAAGAUACUCAGCAGCAUCGGGGCCAAUCUUUCUGGACGAAAUCAGUUGCACUGGCAAUGAGGCAAAGAUUGAGCAGUGUAGUUACGCUGCUUUGGGUCACACCGACUGCAGUCAUAGUGAGGAUGUGGCUGUGCAAUGCAGCGGACAGUCUAACACCAGUGACUACGCAGUGCUACUACAAGGUGGUUCUAGCGGGCGGGAGGGUCGCCUGGAGGUAUUUAUAAAUGGCCAGUGGGGGACUGUCUGUGAUGACGGAUUUGACAAGGAUGCCGCCAAGGUCGUUUGUCGUCAGCUUGGCUAUGCACACUCCAAUGCAAAAGUGGAGUACGUGAAGAGCUAUGGCUAUAUCUCAAGUACCACUCCCAUUUUACUUGACGAUUUGACCUGUUAUGGUGACGAAUCAAACUUAGAUGAGUGCUCUCACAAUGUUGUUGGCCAACACGACUGUAGCCAUUCAGAAGAUGUGUCUGUGAAGUGUGAGAAUGUAGUAAACACAGUUGCAAUAGCAGGCGGGAUUUUGGGAGGCCUAGCAGCUGUAGUAUGCCUAGGACUGAUUGUUUGUUACUGCAAGAAGAAGGCACCGCGUGAAGGUCAAACCCGAACACGGCCACAUGGGCGCAGUGACCGGAGGCAUUCUCUGCACUACGUUGUCAACUUGCAAUACAACAGUGCCAGCGGUACUUUGUCGACAGGUUCUGUGAGUUCUGGGGGGAUGAUCGUGCAGCCCUCCUCUCCAGGUAUUUUUGCAGGUCCACCUUCAUACGAUCUGUUGUUUCCUAAUGGAAGUUCCGGCCCAGUACCACUUCAGGUUCCUGCCAUGCCUAACACACCAUCAGCGCCGCAGCAAUAUCCCGCUCAAGACAACCCAGGGUAUACGUCGUCAUCUCCACAAGACCCUCCUAGCGGCGGUACCCGUACGCAGAGCGACCCUCCAUCUUACAGUGCAGUAAUAAAUGCUACUACAUAACAGCUUAGGCGGCAAGUGGAAACUAGAUUUUUAUUCAGAGUAUAGGAUAGGAUCUAUCCCACUUCGUGUUGUCAGAAUUACGGUCAUUAGUAUAUCAAAACAUCCCCCGGGCUCUGCCCGGUUUCCACCCACCAUAAUGCUGGCCGCCGUCGUAUAAGUGAAAUAUUCUUGAGUACGGCGUAAAACACCAAUCAAAUAAAUAAAUAAAUAAAUAAAUAAAUAUAUCAAAACAUGAGAGUGGUAGUUAUUUUUGGGGUUUAUCAGGAUUCAUGCAUAAGCUUUGCAGCAGAACGAAAGCACAUGUCAUCAGUCUUAACAUUAAGUUACAGUGGAAUCAGCAAGAGCUGGAUUUGAGCCUGUCACCUUGCUGGUCUGGUCUGCUGAGUUGAUAAGAACAUAUUAGCGAAUGAACGGUGAAUGCACCAGAGAUCAUGUUGUUACGCGUUACGAGUCAAGAAAAGACCAAUUAUGGCAAAUGAAUACGUAUUGCUCAAUUUAUUUUUGUACUGCUGGUCUACCGAUUUUGUUUAAACAUGGGAAUAUGGGGUGUUUGUCAAUUUUUUAAAUAUUUUGAUAUAAAUAUUUAUACAACUGUACGAUGAUAUAUGUUCGUCACAUGACAAGUGAUCAUUUUGUUGAUUUAAUUAUUUAUAUGUACCGUAAGUAAAUACAUGUAAUUAUUUAUACAAUGAUCAGCUUCUAUAUGUUUGUGUAGUCUUUACAUGGCGUAUGAUUGUAUGUGUUUCGUUUAUUUAACAUUUUGUUCACGCCAGAUUGCUUGAGAGUAAAGGAGAAUAAUUUAUUCACAAGUCUAUAUGCGAAUCAAGAUUGAUCACGUGAUAGAAAUGAAAGGUUAUAUAAAGCCCUGUUAUAUAUGUCAAAUGACAGCCAGUCUUAUGUUGAUGCGAUAACGUCACAUAAAAUGCACGGCAACAUAAUUUCUGCUAAUUUUUAAUUUGUCAUUGCUUGAUGGUGAAUGUGCAUCAAGGGUAGUUUUACAUUUUUCCAGUGGACAAUUUACUACAGGAUGUAUAUUGUAUGCAGGCUGUGCAUUUCUUUGACUUUCUUCGAUAUAGAAAUAUUUAACCGAUGCCUUUUUUGAAGAAUUUAAGACAUAACAGGCAAAAGACUGAUACCAACCAUUUUAGUAAUGUAGAGCUAUCUGUAUUCGCUGCUUCUCUCUGGUAUAUUGUGCUUCAUUAAAAAUUUUGAAGUUUUGAAGGUACAUUUUGAAUUAAUUUGCAUGUUAUAUCAAUUCAUAGGUUUUUGAUGGACAAGGCUGUUAGCGCAAUCAAUACACGGCUUAUUUCAGUUUGGAAGUCAUUCCGUGCUCUAUAAUAUUCACUUAUAUACUUUUCAUUAACUCAUCAUUUGUAGUUAAUACUGAAACAAAUGGGGGCCAUUUCAAACUAGUCGAAUUCAUCCAAUAGAACGAACAUAGGAAAGAGCUAUGUCACAGGCCGCGCAUCCGCGCUGCAAUUUGUGCAAUUCUACAAAUUGUACGAUAUAGCGUUUGUCCUGUUUUCGAAUUUGUCGACACGAAAAAUUGCACUGUGUGCACGAUGCUUUGAUAUUUAAUUGAAGGCUCUUGGUGAUAUAGUUUCUCACGAUUAACUAAACCAUCCUAUGAAUAAACACGCAUUAUCUAUCUACAUGUAGCCCAGUGUUGCAUAGGUUUAGGGUAUCUGUCCAUACUGUUGUGUAACGAAUGAUAUUGGCGAGCAGCAACGCCAGUAUUGUCGGUGUUAGUUGUGCUAUCCUUAUUUUUUAUAGGAUUAAUUAUCUAACAGAAAACGUAUAGGCCUGUCAUUCAUUUGGCUUUGGUCUUACUCAUUUCGAAACAAGAACAGAGCCCAAGUGACUGUUAACUGACAAACGUUUUGAUGCAUGUGGUCUAAACGUUUUAAUGGAGGGUGCAUUUUUUUACCUCAGGAACGACAAAUUGUGUGCAAAAACUUCAUGAUCAUGCAUAAUAAAAUCACGUUUCUCUUUCUAUAGA